AUGGCAGCACACAAUCGCACAUUAGAGCUGGGCAAUGUCCUGGUGGUCGGAGGCUGCGGUUUCCUGGGGUGGCACAUAGUUGAUCACCUCCUCAACUUCCCCUCCGAGACCGACCCCAGCUACGCCCUCCCGAAGCCCGUCGGCGAUGCGCGUUUCGAGUUUCCUACCCUGGCAUCGCGCUACCCGACCACACACUCGACUGUGUCAGUUGUCGACUUGCGCACCACCAACAACCGCCUGCCCGGCGCCAAGUACUAUGAUGGCGACAUCACCUCGGUGGACUCCAUGAUGGAGGUUUUCCGCGCCGUCAAGCCCGAUCUCGUCAUUCACACUGCUUCUCCGUCAAUGAUUGAGGGCAACAAGCCCCUGUUGCACAAGGUCAAUGUUGAAGGAACACGGACCCUCCUUGAGGUCGCUGGUGGUGAACACGGGGACUGGGGUGGUAAGUGCAAGGCAUUCGUGUACACCAGCUCCAGCUCUGUGGUCCACGAUACACAAAGUGAUCUGAAGAAUGUGAACGAGGAAUGGCCCUACAUCCGCGGUCCCGCGCAGAAGGAAUACUACUCCGAAACCAAGGCCGACGCCGAGGAACUUGUCCUGAAGUACAACAAGAAGUCCCCGACCGAGAUGCUCACAUCCGCGAUCCGCCCAGCCGGCAUUCACGGCGAGAAGGAUACAACAGUCACACACAAAAUCCUGGAGCACGGCACACAGGCUUCAGACCGCGUUCUACGGAUGCAGCUUGGCGACAACGACAACCUGUUUGACUUCACUUACGUGGGCAACAUCGCCUACGCCCAUCUGCUCGCCGGACACCGACUUCUGGCGAGCCACGAGCACAUCUCAGCUGGCAAGGGCGGGCCCCUGGACUACGAGCGCGUAGAUGGCGAGGCAUUCAACAUCACCAACGACUCACCCGUCUACUUCUGGGAUGUGACCCGUGCCAUGUGGGCUCUCAUUGACCGCGUUGUCGAACCGCACCAGGUGUGGGCUCUUCCUGAGGGACUCCUUGAGACCGUUGGUGGUGUCGCAGAGACUGUCAUGGGGCUGUUUGGAAAGACCCCGCGACUCACGGCCCGCACAGUGCGCUACUCGUGCAUGACUCGUUACUACUCGACUGAGAAGGCUAAGCACCGCCUCGCAUACGCGCCCGUUGUACCUUUGGAUGAGGGCAUUGCCCGUGCUGUUGGAUAUAUUGUUGCGCAACAAAAAUCUGACGCGGCCAAGAAGAGUCUGUAA